UAAGGGUUUCUUGGAGGUCGCGUUUCUCCUCACUCACCCCAUUUUCUCUUUGCAGCUGCGAAGAGAUACAGCGGGACGCAGGUAGAGAUAGAAUCCCACUCUGUCUCUAUCUCGUCGAAAAUAACCUCCAAAAUCGAACAUCCUCCAUCUCAAUCCCCUCUCUUUUCUCCGCUUCGAACGAUUCCUUCUCUCUCUCUCUAAAGCUUUCUCUCUCCUCAUCCCUCUUUGUGAACGCUCAUCAACGGAUUGCAUCGGUAGAGUUAUGCAGGCAGAUCAGACGGUCAUAAGUUUGAGACCAGGUGGUGGCGGUGGCCUUCGCGGAAGCAGAUUUUUUACCCCUCGCUUCGAUUCCUCCUCCGCUGAUUCUUCGUCGCUUCGUCCACAUGGCGGUGUUGCUUCAAUCCUCAAGGCCGGUGAUCUACGGUUCGAAGGUCGUGAGCGAAUCCAGUACACUCGAGACCAGCUUCUGCAGCUUAGGGAGGUUGCAACAGUCUCUGAGGAUAUCAUGAAGAUCAAACUAGAAGUUGAGACUGAGAUACUUGGGGAGGAUCAAACAUGGGCUCGUGCUGAAAGCAAUCAGCAAUCACAAUCUCAAGGCCGUUACUUUGAGCCGGACAGUCGAGAUUGGCGUGGUCGAUCAGGACAGUUACCCACCACAGAGGAAGGAUCUUGGGAGGCAAUUCGCGACAACAAGGACUUGACAGGACAAUCUUUGCAAGACUCAAAUAAUAGGACUCAAGUUUCUGGUAACCAAGGGGUGGGUACUGCAGCUGCUCUUAUCAAGGCUGAAGUUCCUUGGUCAGUUAGAAGAGGUAAUAUCUCAGAAAAGGAUCGUGUUUUGAAGACAGUAAAAGGUAUACUCAAUAAAUUGACUCCAGAAAAGUUUGACGUACUCAAAGGUCAAUUGAUUGACUCUGGAAUUACAUCUGCUGAUAUUUUGAAGGAUGUUAUUUCACUUAUAUUUGAGAAGGCCGUGUAUGAGCCCACAUUUUGCCCUAUGUAUGCACUUCUGUGCUCCGACCUUAAUGAGAAGCUUCCUUCAUUUACAUCUGAUGUGCCUGGGGAGAAAGAUAUCACUUUUAAACGAGUUCUCUUAAAUAUUUGCCAAGAAGCGUUUGAAGGUGCUGAUAACCUGAGGGCAGAAAUCAGGCAGAUGACUAAUCCUGAUCAGGAAAUGGAAAGAAGAGAUAAAGAAAGAAUGGUUAAGCUUCGAACUCUAGGAAACAUUCGCCUGAUAGGUGAGCUUCUGAAACAGAAGAUGGUGCCUGAAAAGAUUGUUCACCAUAUUGUUCUGGAACUGUUGGGGCCUGACCCCAAAAUAUGCCCUGCUGAGGAGAAUGUUGAGGCUAUUAGUCAUUUUUUCAACACAAUAGGUAAGCAACUGGAUGAGAGCCCAAAAUCUCGGCGAGUCAAUGAUUUGUAUUUCAGCCGAUUGAAGGAGCUCACUGCAAACACCCAACUAGCACCUAGGUUGAGAUUUAUGGUCCGUGAUGUUCUUGAUUUACGGGCCAAUAAAUGGGUACCUAGACGUGAAGAGGUGAAAGCAAAAACCAUCACUGAAAUUCAUUCUGAGGCUGAAAAGAAUUUAGGGCUUCGUCCGGGUUCGACUGCAAUGAUGAGAAAUGGCCGUAAUGCUGAGGCACUUGGGGGUCCUGGUGGUUUUCCUGUUGCUGGACCUGGGUUUGGGGGUAUGAUGCCUGGAAUGCCUGGAACCAGGAAAAUGCCUGGUAUGCCUGGACUUGAUUCAGACAAUUGGGAGGUUCCUAGAUCCCGAUCAAUGACAAGGGGCGAAAGCGGAGGUCAUACUCAGGCUUCUUCGCGUGUCCAGUCAUCACUAGUUGGCAAAACAUCUUCCAUUAAUUCUAAAUAUUUACCUCAGGGAAGUGGUGGUGUAAUAACUGGGAAAACAAGUGCUUUGCUACAGGGUAGCGCUGCUGCAUCUCCUGCCCGACCAAGUUUCGUGCCUGGAACACAGCCUGUCGCCCACAACCCUAAACCAGUUGCAUCAGUCAUACCUUCUCCUCAGAAGCCUACAGCUCCUUCUGUAGUAUCCAAUUCUGCUGAUCUUCACAAGAAAACCGUUUCGCUGCUCGAGGAAUACUUCAGCGUACGGAUUCUUGCUGAAGCUCUACAGUGUGUAGAGGAGCUGAAAGCCCCAGCUUAUCACCCAGAGGUUGUUAAAGAAUCCCUUAUCAUAGCACUUGAAAAGAUUCCACCAUGUGUAGAUCCAGUUGUUAAGCUUCUUGAGCACUUGCUCCACAAGAAUGUCUUUACUGCAAAGGAUAUUGGCACGGGGUGCCUUCUAUAUGGGUCAUUGAUGGAUGAUAUCGCCAUCGAUCUACCGAAGGCACCAAACAAUUUCGGUGAGAUUCUCGGGAAGCUAAUAUUGAUCGGGGGCCUGGAUUUUGCGGUCGUGAAGGAGAUUCUUAAGAAGAUGGAAGAUAACUACUUCCAGAAAUCCAUUUUUGGUGGUGCUAUGAAGAGCCUCAACUCUAGCCCUUCUGGAGAGGGAAUUCUGGCAACUCAAAGUGCUGAGAUCCAGGCAUGUGAAACUUUACUUGCAUGAAUCGAGUCACGUGGGAUUGAUUUCCCUUUACGUUUUUGAUAAAAAAAAUUUCAUUCCAUGUUUACGUUCCCAUUGCAAAAGACAAAUAACUGAUCAUUUAUAUUGAGUUGUAUAUUUCUUCUUUUUUUGGGUCAUAUCAAGUAUCAACUUUGUUGAGUAAUUAGGAGCAAAAGUUUCUUGUGCUUCUCUCGCCCGCUCAGCUCAUCGAAGACGUCUCGGGUGGCUUGAGAAUAACAGGAAUUCAUGAUGGGUCCAGUUACAUUAGAUUUUGAAGUUAUAUGAUGUACCAAAUACAUUGCUUGUUGUACUUUAGCCCUUAUGUGGCCCCUCAGUUUUCACCUUAAUAAUCUCUGUUUUGCUGUUUCCUUU